AUGAGCGAUCACUUGGUACUCUUCGUUGACGAACUUGUCCGCCCAGUUCCCGUUGACCCUGUUGAGCAGCCUGCUCAGCUUCCUUCCGAACCGUCGUUGACUACGGUUGCUUCCGAUGCCGCGUCUGGAUCCGGAGGAUCUGAGUCGCCGGUGGAUCAAGAUGGAGAGGAUUGUGGUGAGGAGGAACCGUUGAUCCAGAUGGUGGAGUGCCGUAUCUGUCAGGAGGAGGAUAGUGUUUCCAAUUUGGAGACUCCCUGUGCUUGCAGGGGUAGUCUUAAGUAUGCUCACAGAAAGUGUGUCCAGCAUUGGUGCAAUGAGAAAGGAGACAUAACUUGUGAGAUAUGUCAUCAGCCUUAUCAACCUGGGUAUACAGCCCCACCACCUCGCCCUAAUCCUGAAGAAACCACUAUUGAAAUAGGAGGAGGCUGGACAUUAUCUGGUUCGCCCUUGGACUUGCGUGAUCCUCGCCUAUUGGCAAUUGCAGAGGCAGAGCGUCAAUUCCUUGAUGCAGAAUAUGAUGAGUAUGCUGCUUCUAAUGCCAGUGGAGCUGCUUUUUGUCGCUCAGCUGCCCUAAUUUUGAUGGCCCUUUUACUUCUGCGGCAUGCACUCUCUGUAACAGAUGGUGAUUCUUCUGAUGAUGAUCCAUCCAAUUUUUUCUCCCUUUUCUUGCUUCGAGCUGCUGGAUUUCUUUUACCUUGCUAUAUCAUGGCUUGGGCAAUCAGUAUUCUGCAACGGCGGCGACAAAGACAAGAGGCAGCAGCACUAGCGGCAACCCAAGUUGCUUUUGUUCUAAAUUCUGGGCAGCGUAGAGGUCUACAAUUUGCGAUAGCACCAGUUCCUACAGUACAGCAGGAACAAGUGUAG